AGGUGUUAUAGUACGUAGUAUUCGUGAGUAGUCGAAGUGAGGUGCCUUUAUAAAAGUUUUGUAAACGCGGUAUUCGUUUAGAAUGCAAAAAGACCAAGCCUCUAAACUUGUAGAAAAGUUCAUUGAGUUUUCGAAUUUUGUUUGAUGGUAUGAUAGCCAAUAGGCUGUAUCUACUGACACGAUCCACAUUAACCUACCGCAGACAUCGAAAGUGUUUCUGAGAGUUGAAUAAUAUAAGAAUAAUAAUUAACUGCUUCCAUAUACAAAUGGCCUACAAAUUGGACUAGCAAUGGUAUACCGUCAGGUUUUUAUAUCUGGCCAACUGCGGCUUGCAAUAAUUUGCAUUGCCUCCACAUCGUGGGCUGAAUAAGACAAAUUCAUAAAUUUACCCUCAAAAAAGAGAUUCAAAAUUUUUGCGGCUUACACAUGUUUUAUAGUCAGUCAGUUGAUUCAUGAAUAGUGAUAUGUCGGGACAGUCUUUUCUUCAUACCUAGUUUUACUGCUACUCAUAUCCCUAAGGUUUGACUGGAAAAAGACACUUGCGUAAUCACUAAGGUAUUGUAACGUUGUAGUGUUUCGUAGCAUAGAAUGCAGCUGAAUAUUGUACACUUCGGUUUUUGCAUAGAUUUCAAGUUAUCUUAUCUACGUGACUCGAUUCGCCUGAUUUGGAUAUUAUUUAUUGCGCAUCAAAAGGAAUUUUAGAGAAAAGGUAGAGUUUCGUUGUUCAAAUUUUUCAAAUUUUGUUUAAUUAUGACAUCUAAUUUUAUUACUAUUUCAACACAGGAAAUCAAAAUCAUUUAACACAUUUCAGAAUGGAGACUACAGACUUUGGUAUUAUCGCGAUGGAAGUCUUUUUCCCAAGAUACUUUGUUUCUCAACAUGAUUUGGAAGUGGCGGAUGAAUGUAUUGGGAAGUACACUCAAGGAUUAAGUCAGACAUCUCUCGGAUUUUGUUCGAUACAGGAAGAUAUAAAUUCGAUAUGUCUAACUGUGGUUAGUAACCUUAUCAAACGUGUUAAUAUUGACUUGAGAAAAGUUGGUUUUCUUGAGGUUGGAACAGAAACAGUAAUAGAUAAAUCUAAAUCUACAAAGACUUUGCUAAUGGAAUUAUUUGAAACAGCUGGAAAUUUUGAUGUUGAAGGAGUAGACGUUAAAAACGCAUGUUUUGGUGGUACCUCCGCCUUGUUCAGUGCACUCAACUGGCUUGAAUCCAGUAGUUGCAAUGGUCGCCUAGCGUUGGUAGUUGCCGCUGAUAUAGCAGUUUAUGGUAAUAAAGCAGCACGUCCCACCGGCGGUGCUGGGGCUGUUGCACUUCUACUUGGGCCAAAUGCUCCGUUGGUAGUUGAUCCUGGUUUACGCGCUAUUUAUAUGAAACAUCGCUAUGAUUUUUAUAAACCGAAUUUAAGUUCUGAAUAUCCUGUUGUGGAUGGUCAGUUCAGUAUGCAGUGUUAUCGAGAGGCUUUAGAGGCGUGCUAUAAAUUGUAUAAACAGAAGGCGGCUUCUAAAGGCCUUAAUGGAACUGUAACUUCACCUUGGUGCGAAAAUCUGCCGAAAGUGAAUAAUUCCGUUGACUAUAUGUGCCUUCAUUCUCCAUUUACUCGUCUCGUCCAAAAGGCAGUAGGCUGGUUGGCACUGGUUGAUGUGCGUAUGGUUUGUAGUGAAGCUGGUAAGAUAACUUCAAACGGUUCUGACAAUCAUCAGACAUCACUGAAAUCCAAUCAUCUCAAUUCAGUUGAUCCGGAUAUCUGCACAGCUUUGAAAGAUUAUUCUGCAACUGAUGAAAAACAGUGUGAUAUUCCAGAUCGCCAGUUGGAUGCAACCUGUAUAAAAGCGACUGAAUCAUUAUACAAGCGUAGAGUAGAUCCUGGAUUAAUGUUUGCUAGGAAUGUUGGCAAUAUGUACACUGCUUCAUUGUAUUCAUGUCUGGCUAGUCUUAUCCUCAAUGUUCCAAAGGCUGAGUUAUUAGGCCGUCGUAUCCUAAUGUAUUCUUAUGGUUCCGGAAUGGCAUCAGCUAUGUUCAGCAUUCUAGUUCAUCCAGAUAGAGAACUAUCAAGUGUCGUAGACUGUUCCUUAUCAUCGCUAUCUGAAGGUACUGGAGAUUCAUCUCAGAUUAAGUAUGCUGUCCACCAACGUCUAUUCAAAGAACGUACACAAGUGUCUGUUUUGGAUUUUGAACAUAUGCUGGAAGAACGACGGAUUUCACACAACUCAGUUUCUUUCGAACCAUUAUUUCGACCUGACGGAUUGUUUCCUGAUUCAUAUUAUUUGAAGAGAGUAGAUGACCGAUAUCGUCGAUUUUAUGAUAAAUUUCCAGGAGUAUAGCCGUCUUGGAAUUUCUAUUCGACUAACUACCCGCCUACCUACCUACCUACCUAUGGUGACCGAAUAAGCAUAGCAUGUGAAGCAGUAAUUAAAACUAUUAUAUUCCUGUGAAAUUUUCUUCGCAUAGAUUUAAUUAGCGCACAUUUACUCAGAUACUUCAUUCGAGUAAACAAUCUUUUUCUGCAGUAGUAUUUUUUUUGUGUGUGUAGUUGACGAGAGGAAAGAACAAGACGAAAAAGAAAUUUGUUCCGUUCCACAUUCAUGCACCUUUUGUUAUGCUUUUGGUUUUGCUACAAGCCUUAAUUUGAAUAUUUUUCAAUGAACUUUCACACUCAUCUUAUAUUCAUUCCUUCAGUGAUUUUGUUUUGUAUGAUCAGGUUGAUUCAAUUGUUUUGCUUUCGUAAGCUGUCUCUCUUGUCUUCUAGUCCGAAUGUUAUGAACACAAAGCUUUAUGCACAAACUGUUGUCUAUUUGUUAUUGACACAACUUGUUGUUGUUCUUUUCUGAUCACGAGAAGUUUCUUUUCUCUUCUAUUUUUUUUUUAAAUUUUCAAGUAUUGGUUUUUUUUAAAUGUUAUGAAUAAUACGGUUGUGCCUUGAUUAUUGAAAAUAUACGGUGAAAUAGUAUGC